AUGGCACCUUCAAUGGAGGCUGUGGAGGCCGAGCUGAUCAGCUUGCAAGCCGAAGAACAGGACUUGGACUUAGAGCUGGACAAAUUGUACAGCAAAGCAGCGCACUUGUGUCAAAGUGAAAGCCGGAGCUUGGCCUUUCUGGGUGAGCAGCACAAGCAGGUGCCUGGAGCAAUCCGAAAGCUCCAGGAAACCUUGCAACAGACGUCUGGUGUUGCUGAUGAGCUCAGCUUCCGCGUGCGGAAGCUAGACGUGGUGUGCAGCCGUGUGUUUGAUGCACUCAAACUUGUAGACGAUCUGCUCGAGCUCCGCGAGUGCUCUGAUCAGGUGAUGAAGGCUAUCACAUCCGAGGACUUCGAACAGGCUGCCAGGUUUGUUUCUCGCUUCAGGGCCUGCCAAGACAGUCUACCGCCCGGCACUGAUGAUGCAACUGUCCGCACACUGACUGAAGCAGAACGGCAGCUUAGCGCUAUUGUGCGCAGACGCUUUGAAGCUGCCAUGGCCGCCAAAGACACGGCCGGUGUGUCGCGUUUUGCAAAGCUUUUCCACCCUCUGGGCCUCGCAUCAGAAGGAGUCCAAAAAUACGUUGAGUUCAUUCAACGAUCUUUGGCCGAAAAGGCCAGCAUGGACAUCAAGCGUCAGCUUGGCUCUGCCGGGGCCAAGCGAGCUGACCAGGGUCCUGCACCUUAUGCGGAAGCUUUGACAUCAGUGUUCGUUGCCAUUGCGGACAUUGUCCAGGAGCAUCAGCAGGCCGUCGAGCAGGAGUUCGGCCCGGAGAACUUCGUUGUUGUUGUCCGUGGCCUGCUGGAUGAGGCAGAUGUUCAGGGCAUAAAGGUCAUCGACAAAUUUUCGAAAGACAAUUCCAAGGUAUUCUCCCAGCAAUUUGCCAACUCCGAAAUGCGGGAUGUUGGCGCCGUGCUCGAGGAGACCGCCAUGAUAACUCAGCGAGUUCAGCAGUUCAAUGCAUACAUUCAUUCAGUCGCGCGCAACGUGGUAGAUUUGAUCGAAGACAAAGCAAGCUUCGUCAGCAACCUGCCGGUUGGUCAUUGCCCUCAUGACGGGCUUCCAGACACGAAGCUCUUGCAUAGGGUGCAAGAGCUUGUGUCUUCGUACGUUCUGGUCGAGCAAAACUUCCUCCUCCAGUCGGUGGAGAAGGCCGUUACAGAGACGGAUUGCUUGGAUCCUGAUGAUCCUGACGCUUUCACCACCACCCUCAUCGACGAAGCAUUUUACAUAAUGCAAGAGUCAAUGAUGAGGUCGGUCACGACGUGCGACAUCAAUGCGGUUUGCGCCGUCGUGAACAAUGUCAAUGCGGCUAUUGUCGGCGAGCUGCGGCAGGCGCUUGCCAGCAACCUUGCCGACAGUCGACGUGUGUACUCAAACUGGCUGACGCAUCCGAAGAAUUUGGUCGUGCCCAAGAAUGGAGAGCAUCCCUUGGCAUCACUCUUCCUUGACCAGGAUGGCAAGCUUCGGAGCCCACUUACUGCAGCAUUGAGCUGGCCACACUCCAUGAACAACCUCCAGCAGUGCUUGGAAAAUCUGGACAAGCUCAAGGAGACUGUUGAGGAGGCCUUUGACGAGUACUUCCCCGGCGAAGGUCCGGACAAGGACAAGCACGAGAUGUUCCGACACUGCAUCGCGGCGCUCGCUGCAUCGAAGGCUGACCUGGAGGCACUGCAUUCCAGCCAAUGCAAGGAUGGCCUGAAUAUUCUUAAAAUCCAUCUGCGACCAAUGCUGGAGCCGCUGGAUAAGCUGGAUUACAACAUAUCCGAGGCCCAGUAUGCUGAUUUUCAGGUGAAUGAUCCCUUCGCCAAGGCUUUCAAUGCGCAGGCUGACGUGAUUCACCAACACAUCAAGGCCGUGCUCAACGCGUCAUCGGCUGAAGAGAUCAUGCAGCAAAUGGCCGAGCAGACAUGUCGCCGGAUUGAGAAGGCUGCCCUCUCCAAGCACUUCAGCCUGUUCGGCGCCCUGCAAUUCGAGAGCGACGUCCGAGCGAUUUGCUCUUUCUUCACCAGUGUCAGCGAGCAGGCCUUGAGGCACAAGUUCGCAAGGUUGUUCGAGAUGUCCAGCUUGCUGAAUUUGGAAAGCCUGGACGAGCUGCGCGAGUUGUGUAGUGACCUGAGGACCUGGCGGCUUACAUCUGACGAGAUGCAAAAGCUCUUGCAGUCAAGAGUGGACUUUGAAGCCACUGAGGACCAGAUCAACUACUUGCUGCCGAAGUGA